AUGAUGGCUUGCUCGGCUCAAUCUGUGACCCUUGAGUCUUAUCCCGAUGAAACGGCGGUCUCCAGCGCUUAUGCCACCCCGUCCGAGGAGACAGCCUUGCUCCGAGAUCGCCGGCGGAGGCAUUCGUUCCAUGCCGCAAGAAAACUGUCGUGCGACUACGAUGCCGACGCGGUCUUUUUGAGGGUGGAACUUUUUCUGGCCGAAUUGGAGAGACGGCUACAUUGGCUGGAGGACUAUCGCCGCUCACACAUGGUACAGAUCGAUGCCAGCUUACGCCGAGGUUAUGCAACGCUUGAGGCUGUUAGAGAUUCCUGCUCCUACGCCUCUGGAGAACUUAUGGGCGGAGGCAAGAAGAGAGCCAAGAUCCUAGUGGAAACGCUCGAAGACGGCUACAAAGAUGCUCUCGCAACCAAGGAAACCCUGGAACAAAAGGCACAAGCGGGGGUUCGCUUGAUGGAGUCGUUUUUGUCGGAGUUGGAAGCUCGGGCGCAUGCGGUUCGGGACCGUGGUUUCUACGGCACCCUAGAUGACGGGUGGAAGGCAAUGGAUUCGAAGCUGGUCCACGCCCGAGAAGUGGUCGAUGAGGGAAUGGAACGUGCCCGGAAAGCUAAGGAUGCCCUGCGUGAAAAUAUCGACCAGGCCAUUGCGCUAGCUCAGGAAAAGCGUCUGAUUGCCUAUGCAGACCUUCCGCAUCCAUGGCGUGUGAACCCGCACAUUCUGGAAGGAUAUCGGUUCACGCAUUCUAAGGUAGAAUGCUUCACGUCCAUGUUUACCUUUUCCAAUGAAUUAGUCAACAUCUGGUCUCACCUGAUCGGUCUGUUCAUCGUCCUCUCGGUCGCCUUUUAUUUCUAUCCUUUGAAUCCCAACUUCCACUUGAGUACCAAGACGGACGUAUUGAUUGCGGCGGUGUUCUUCUUUGCUGCAUGCAAGUGCCUAGUCUGCAGUACUCUUUGGCACACCAUGAAUAGCAUUGCCAACCAGGGGCUGAUGGAGCGCUUCGCCUGCGUGGACUAUACUGGCAUCUCAAUGCUAGUUGCUGCUUCGAUCGUGACCACGGAAUACACUGCGUUUUACUGUGAACCCGUAUCGCGAUGGACAUACAUUCUUCUCACGAUGUCCCUCGGGAUCGGUGGUGUCAUUCUCCCCUGGCACCCGACCUUCAACCGCGCUGAUUUUGCCUGGGCUCGUGUGGCAUUUUACGUUACGCUUGCCCUAACGGGUUUCGCGCCGUUGGCACAACUGACCUAUACCCGAGGCUUUGCCUGGUGUCUAUACUUUUACGCACCCGUCGUGAAAAGCAUUCUCGUGUAUUUCGUCGGGGCUUGCAUUUACGCUUCUCAGGUACCCGAACGGUGGCGCCCCGGUCUUUUCGACUAUGUGGGCGGGAGCCACAAUAUUUGGCAUUUCGCCGUUCUAGGCGGCAUCCUGUUCCACUAUUGCGCCAUGCAAGAUUUGUUUGCAGGCGCUUUCCAGAGAGCCAAGGGGGAAUGUCCGCACUUGACUUCCUGA